AUGGCUGAAGCUGCUGUGGAAGAUCAAGAUCCCUUUCACUGUUCUGUUUGUUUGGGGCCCCUGAGGGAUCCAGCAACCAUUCCAUGUGGACACAGUUAUUGCAUGAGUUGUAUCAGUGGUUGUUGGGAUCAAGAGGACCAGAAGGGUGAGUACAGCUGCCCUCAAUGCAGAGAGACAUUUAGCCCACGGCCUGUCUUGAGGAAAAGCACCAUGUUGGCUGAGCUGGUGGACAAAAUGAGGAAGAGUACUCAGACUGCUUCUCCUCCUCCUCCUGCUCUAUAUGCUGAACCAGGGGAUGUGGAGUGUGACCUCUGCACAGAGAUAAAACUCAAAGCUGUCAAGUCCUGCCUGGUGUGUCUGCUCUCUCUUUGUCAGACACACAUUGAGCCUCACUACAACACGCCUGCAUUGAAGAAACACAAACUGGUCCGGGCCAGACAUCUACAACAGAAGAUCUGCUCUCAGCACAAUAGGCUGAUUGAGGUGUUUUGUCGCACUGAUCAGAAGUGGAUCUGCAUGUUGUGCACCAUGGAUGAACACAAAGGCCAUGAUACAGUUCCAGCUGCAGCAGAACGGAAGGAGAGAGAGAAAGAGAUUGGGAAGACCGGAACAGAAUUCCAGCAGAGAAUUCAAAAGAGAGAAAAGGAACAGCAGAUGAUCCAGGAAGCUGUGGCAUCAUAUCAGCACUCUGCCCAAGAGGCAGAGCAGCACAGUGAGAAGAUCUUCACAGAGCUGCUGCAGUCUAUUGAGAGGAGACGUUCUGAGGUGAGGGAGCUGAUCAGAGCUCAGCAGAAGGCAGCAGUGAAAGAUGCUGAAGAUGUUUUGGAGGAACUGGAGCAGGAGCUGGCUGAGUUGAGGAGGGGACAUGCUGAGUUAGAUAAGCUCUCAAGUGAAGAGGAUCAUGUCCAUGUCCUCCAGAGUUUUAAGGUAUUGAAGGCCUCUGUAUCCGAGACUUCACCCAGCAUCAGUCUUAAUCCGGACAUGUCAUUUAAGGACCUGAGUACAUCUUUGUCUGCUUUGAAACGUGAAGUGGACAACCUCUUCAAACAAGAUGUGAUGAAGAUAUCUACAGACGUGGCCCGGUUGGAGAUCAUCAUUCACAAGGAGCCAAAAACCAGGGAGGACUUUUUAAAGUACUCCUGUAAUAUGACAUUUGAUCCAAACACAGCACACAGCCAGAUCACUCUGUCUGAAGGGAACAAGAGGGCGACAAGUGGAGAGAAGCAGUGUUACCCAGAUCAUCCUGAAAGAUUUACAUGUUUUCCUCAGGUGCUGAGUAAACAGGGCUUUUGUAGACAUGCUUACUGGGAGGUUGAGCUGGACCAGAAAAAUAUUUCUGAGGUUGAAAUUGCAGCAGUAUACAAAAGCAUAGGCACUUUGCAGGUGGUGCUCCUCGAGCUAACAGUUCCCUGGGAGGACCGAAUGGAGGAAGCUCAGGAGAGGAAGAGAGCGAAAUAUGCGGAUCUGGUGGCUGAGUGCCGUAGGAAUGGUUGGAUUGCCCGCUGUGAGCCAAUAGAGGUGGGUUGCAGAGGCUUCGCGGGCAGAUCCCUACACCGUGUCCUUGGGCUCCUUGGAAUUCAUGGACUGCACAGGAGAAGAGCCACCAAGAACAUCUUGGAAGCAGCGGAGAAGGCUUCACGGUGGCUUUGGUUGAGGAGGGGUGAGGCGUGGCGUAGUGCGCUACCUGGACACAAGUCAGGGAACUGA